AUGGCCUUGGCCUCCAUGUGCUUUGUAAGUGCACAACUGAGUAAUGAUUCGAUACAUUUCAAUCGGACCAGUUUUCCUACUGAUUUUAUAUUUGGAACAGCUUCAGCUGCUUACAUGAUUGAAGGAGCAACAAAUAUCGAUGGCAGGGGACCUAGUACAUGGGAUACUUUCAUCAAGAAUCAUCCAGAAAAAAUUGCGGAUAGUCCUGAUGCUAAAAAUGCAGAUGUAGCCUGUGACUUUUAUCAUCGAUAUAAGGUAGAACGAAAUAUUCAACAGGAGGACGUACAACUGUUGAAAACGAUUGGAGUUGACUCAUUCAAAUUUUCUAUCUCAUGGAGCAGAGUAUUACCAAAGGGCAAAGUAAGCGGGGGAGUGAACUCACAAGGUGUCAAAUUCUACAAUGACCUCAUCAACGAGCUCUUGUCCAAUGGUAUCAAGCCCUUAGUGUUUCUCAUGCACAAUGAUCCUCCUCAAGCACUUGAAGAUGAAUAUGAUGGACCUUUAAGUACCAACUUUGUGAAUGAUUUUCAAGAUUAUGCGGAUUUUUGCUUCAAAACUUUUGGUGAUCGAGUCAAAUUAUGGGCUACAAUGAACGAACCAAUUUCAAUAAGCAUCAACGGGUACAGCACUUCUACUUUUCCACCUGGAAGAUGUUCGAGUUACGUCCCGAAUUGCACCGCCGCCGGUAACUCCGCUACUGAACCUUACAUUGUCGGCCAUAACUUGCUUCUUGCUCAUGGCGCCGCUGUCAAAGUAUACAAGGACAAGUACCAGCCAUAUCAAAAGGGAAAAAUUGGGGUCACAACAUAUAGCACUUGGAUGGAGCCAAAAUACAACACAUCUUCUAGCCGCGAGGCCACCUCUAGAUAUAUUGACUUUGUGUUUGGAUGGUUCGUCCAUCCGGUUAUAUUUGGUGACUAUCCCGAGAGAAUAAAGUCUGUAUUGGGGAAUCGACUACCAAAAUUCACUGAAGCUCAAUCCAAGUUGGUAAAAGGGUCCCUUGAUUUUCUUGGUAUAAGCUAUUAUUCCGCAGGUUAUGCAGAAAACCUUGCCUCAGCAAACGGUGUCAACGUCACUUUUUGGACUGAUGUGCAUGCCAAAACCACUAGUACGGGGUUCAUCCAACCGGAGGGAUUACGAAAGCUUCUUCUAUACAUAAAAGAAAAAUACAACAAUCCUGUUGUAUACAUAACGGAGAAUGGAAUCGGUGAUCCAGAUCUUAAAGAUAUCACAAAGGAUAGUGGGAGGAUCAAAUAUUAUUACUUGAAUUUAUUAUCUCUUUCAAAAUCUAUCAAGGAGGGUGCAAACGUGAAGGCACACUAUUCAUGGUCAUUUCUUGACAGCUUUGAAUGGGACACUAGUUACUUCCUUAAAAAUGGCAUCACUUUUGUGGAUUUUAAGGACAAUUUGAAAAGACACCUCAAGGAUUCUAGCUACUGGUUCAAGAAAUUCCUCUUAAAAUAA